CCGGAAGUUCUAUUUCACGUCUCUCCGGCAAACGGCUGAGCGGCUCGAUGUCAAAGUAACGUCAGCGGGGGACAUGCUGCCGACUUACACAGUCUUAGUUACUGUCUUGGAUGUUCACCUACCCGGGAUCUCUCCGCUCCAGUGUACUAAAUAAUGGAAACCCCGAAUGACAGAGGACUUGGAGCACCCAACAGUGAAGUAUAGCAGCUGCUACCUGCCUGCCAGUUGAGAUGUCCAUGUGCUCCAAAAGAAGCUGUUAGCACCUAAAUAACUGGGUUAAACGCAGUAUGAGUGAUUUAACAGAGUUUGAAAGAUGCCAAAUAGUUGCUGCACGACUAUCGGGUGCAUCCGUCACAAAAACUGCACAGCUGUUCAAUGUGGCGAGGGGAACGGUCUCCAGAGUCAUGACUGUGUACAUCAAGCAUGGACGAACGGCAUCAGCAAAGAAGAACAGCGGGCGCAAGUCAAAGCUCACUGAAGAGGACAGACAGACACUUCUGAGGAUAGUUGAUGAGCACCCUGAGUAUACAGCCUCAAAAAUCACCUCAGAGCUGAAUAGCCAACUCUCUCACACCGUGUCAGUAAAAACGAUACGCCGAGAGCUCCACAAAGCCGGUGUUUUUAGAGGAGCAGCCAGUCGGAAAACGGAGGCCGACGCACAGAAGCCAGAUGGAAAGAAUACUAAACCUGGAACUGAAAAAGAGAUUGACACUCAAAAAACUUGUGAAGAGAGCACAAGACCUGAAAGGCAAACCAAGGACAAAGAGUGGGGCACAGAAAAGACGGUGCAAAACAUACCUGUAUCUGAACCUCAUGUGAAAGAGUACUACACAGGAGAGAGGAUCCAACCUGAAUCCAACGUUGGUGAGGAAGAGUACAGCACAAAAAAGCUGCGUGAAGAGAGCAGGGGACCUGAACCUCAGGCCGGUGUAACAGAAUAGUGCGUUGUAUUUCUGCCUUUCUAAGAUGUCCUCAUUGUUCAUGUUAAGGGAACAUCAUCCCUUAUUUUGACCACCGUGACACUGGGUUUGGAAUUAUGUUUCAGUUUCUAGGUUUUAGUAUUUAUUUUUUCAUGCAAAAUUCGGACUCCUCCCAUGCUUUAUUCAUAUUCCUUUGUAACAAGUGAAUGGUAAAUUUGAAUGUAUAAUGUAGAGGGAAGUAUUCAGUACUAAAAAACACAAGUAUUACAAUAUUUGAGUGUUUUGGUUCAUACCGCUGCUGUAUUCUGUUGCUUUUUACUGCUGUAUCUGGGCAUGAUUGUUGUUACAUUAAAAGUUUUUGUGGUUGAAUCGUCAGAAUUGCAUUAUGUUUUAUAUGAUCAUUUGUUUGUAAUGGUCAUGUCCAGUGAGAAUCUAGAAAAUGUUGCCAUUGGCUCGUUUUUCCUCAGUUAAUUAAAUCCAAGAUGUAGAAGAAUUUCUCAAUCCAUAUAGGACAACCUGAUCCUUCAAUUUUCAGAACUAAGUCAAAGGAAAUUUGGAGAUACAGUUUUCAAUAGACAGUAAGGAAAACUGUCAUCUGAGAUAUUUACUAAAAAUAAAUAUUUUAAGUGUGGA